AUGCGGCGAAACUCCGUCUUGUCCGGUGGCGGGGUGCCCGGCCCACCUGGCCGCAUCCACCGGAAACCGGUCGGCUCCAACCAGUAUGAAGCGGUUCAAGCCGAUGAAGAGACAGUCCUCGCGGCUUCGAUCCAAGAUGUAACCGAAUGGCUCAUGUCAGGCGGCUCGGGACGUCAUCUUGAAGAACAGCCUAGUCUUCGGGCGCCACCACUAACAGGGCAUGCAAAUGAGGUGCCCCAGUACGCUCUGUCACCGCGACUAGUCCGCAGCACGGUGAAACGAAGUGUCACUCAUCACAUUCAAAGCGACGCCAAGAUAUCCCAAAGACCUAGCAUCAGCCAUGGCAGCUAUUCCUCUAUGCAUUCUGGCGAUACCAGGCAGCCGCUCAUGUGGAAUUCGUUAUGGCUUCGGCGUAUUGUACUGCUCGGCUUUUCCCUCGGAUGUUGCUGCAUGAGCCUCGCUAUAGCAUUGCUGUAUCACUUUUCUCUGGAGAACAACGGACUCAGUACGCAAAAGCAAGCCAACCACCUCGGAUGGAAGUACGGACCUACAGCACUCGUUAGCACCAUCUUCUGCUGGCUUUUGAUAUUGCUCACUACCGUCUUUUCCACCGGCCUUCUGGUACUUGAGCCAACGGUGAUUGUUCGAGAGGGCGUUGCAAUUCCUAUCCAAUCAACGUUCGACGCGCAGGGCUAUCAGAUCCCUCAGCUAGGCCCAGCGGCUGCACAACUAUAUUACGCCAUAAACUUUCAGGGCCUUCCCUAUCCCACGGGCACCUCCGCCGACACGGUAGUUCCUGAGAUCGGUCUACCUGACUCCCCGGCCCAGGCAAACUACUCGGUCGUCACCCGAGGGGCCAAGGUUGGGUUUGAAUGCGAUCUACUACCCAUUCAGAAUGCGACUCAAGUCAUGCUUCCAUGGUACAGCAUCAACGGCAUGUUCUGGACCAUCGAUGUCGCCACCCCAGAGUGCAACAUCAGCAGCGCUAUUGUCGCAGCCGGCCCCGACUCGAACCACUAUGUCCAGGAAAACGCGACUCAAAACUUCCAAGGCGUUAUGCAGGAUUAUACGUGCAACAACGGCGUCGAAUACAGCCGUUUGCACGAUAUGACUACCAAUUACACGGAAGAACAAGUGGUUAAUGCCAGCAUGCCACAUCGUGUGCUCCUGACCAUGGCCGAUCUGCGGUUUACGCCCAUGAAUCGUUCGCUCACACGGCCUGAGAGGAUCUACAUUCAAGAUUUCACAGCUGCAUUGUGCACCUACCACUACACUUUGGAUGAUUUUGAGGUUGAAUCACUUGUAGAGUCCGGCAGCAGAAAGCAGGCAGUCAUGCAAGCAACUCACCACCAAGGUGCACAUGAGCUAGAGAUUCCUGGAUUCCCGAAAAGCAUGCUUGGGAAGUCUGUGGAGUAUGCAACUCGGUUGUUAGAUGUCGGGACCGGCGGCGUGGAUUUUGUUCUGUCGACCCCCGUCACGUCGUUGUUCCGGCUUAUGACGAUCAAGCAAAACAGAACCACCAUCGGUGCUUUCAUGGACCCAGAUCUCCUGAUCUCGACAGCGUCAGACGUGUUCAAAGGUGUCGGUACACAGCUCCUUGGCACCAUGACUUUGAAUCCUGCCAUUGCAUCGACUGAGAAGGGUUCUGUCGCUAUGGUGGAGGAUCGCCUGCACGUCACUGAGCUAUCUACGGCCUUUAUGUGUGCGUUCCUAUCUUUGGCCACAAUCCUUAGCCUUGCAGUGGUGUUUCUGCGCCCUUUGGAUGCGAUCCAUCGCGAACCCGGAUCCAUCGCAGCGACAGCUGCAGUGCUGGCAUCAAGCCCGGGACUUGAAAAACUUCUGCUCGGUCUAGGAACUUCGUCGCAAGCUGCUAUUUGCAACAGGCUAUCAAGCUUCAACUUUCGGAGUUCCUACUAUUCAGGACCUGAGCCCGCCUUCGUUGUCGAAGCUUUGGACAGUGGACUUGCAUCCAUCGAAGAGAACAGGCGGGGCCAUCGCGACACGUGGUGGCGUCCUCUGGCUGGGGAAGCUUGGUUUCUUGUUCUCGUUAUCACCCUGUCACUUGCCAUGAUUGCUACCCUGGAAGCUUUGCAACGAUCAUCAGAUAAGCGUGAUGGCCUCUUGGAUAUCAACGAGUCAGACUCGCUACUUUUUGCAACGUAUGUACCUGCUGCCGUGGCAAUCUGCCUUGCGGGUAUGUAUUCAAGUUUCGGGUCGAUGGCGGCUACUUUUGCCCCGUAUUCAAUCCUCAAGCAACGCAACGCCACCCCCGAGCGGUCGAUCACUCUUCGGCUCGUUGGGAAGCUGGCACCACAUGCGCUUCUAGAUGCACUCAAAACACGACAUUUCAGUGUCGCCAUCAUUCUCGCGGCGAACUUCGUUGGCGGCUUCUUGACGAUCGUAAUCUCAGGCCUUUACAGUGCCAUUCCAGUUAACGACACUCGACCCGUGAUGCUGCAGCAGACGGACGUCUUUGAUCUGUCGGCUGGCAAUAUCUCGCUUGAGGACAAUCAAGCGGCAGCAAUCACUUCGCUCAUAGAAUAUAUUGGCCUACCAAGUCCCCAGUGGACUUACGAAGACUUGGUUUUCAACACCAUGCAUCCGAUCAUGAGCCCCUCUAAGCAGGACUUGUCACAUGAACAACCCCUUUCGGCCAUGCUUCAAGCUGUGAGACCUGAUCUGGACUGCUUCGCCAUACCAUCGAAUGAUCGUCAUAUCCAAGUGUACAGUUACACAGACGGCCUGACGGUGAUGCCUGGUAUGACUGAUGUAUACCCCGGUAGACCAGGAGAGCUCUUUGUCAAGGUAAACACAACUUUGAGGGCAGAAUGUUCACGGCCUCUCGCAAACUCUACUGUAGCUUCCAAAGACUGGCUCCAGUACUUUGUCAUUCCGGAUGACGAAUCUGUCACCCACGUAGGCAAAGCAUCCCUCCUUGGCUGGUUUGAUGACACAAAGAUUAUCACCUGGGGCGACGGAGCAACAGACACAAGCCCUGGAUCGGGAUCAGGCAUGGGCGUGGAGGGUAUCACGCUCGGGGACUCGGGGUGUCCGUCGAUGGCUUUCACACUGGGGACCAUACGGGCAGGCCGAUCUGGACGUAGCGAGAAAGCAAGGCAGUUCGCUGUGGAGAGUGACCUUGCGACACUCGUGUGCUACCAAAGAGCGGAUCAAGUCAUGGCGAACGUCACAUUCAGCGCACCUUCUAUGACCAUUGACACACUCGUCCCUCCCAUUCUUGACGAAUCAACAAGGACAGUCUUGGCAGACCCGACCACGAACACCACGUCCUUCGCGUAUCCCAUCAACCGUCUCUUGCUCUCAAUCGCAAACUCGCUGACGGCCAACACGACAGAAUCGGACGGCAUCGCGAGCCUGGAUGGUUUCAGUCGCGCUCUCCUUUCCGGACGCGGAGCGCAGACGAUCGAGACGUUAGCCGGGGAAGCAAACGUGGACAACCUGCGCAAAGCGGCCACAAGGCUGUACAAGACGUACAUGGCCCAGGCUAUCUCGGCCAACAUGCGACGGGAUGCGGAGCUCUUGCCUGCGUAUGAAGGGAGGCUGACCUCGAGUGCGAGGCGCAGGCUGCAGCAGAACAACGGACCAAAGAUUGCGCUGCAGGUGAUGCUGGGACUCAUGGUCUGA